CAUGAGCACGGGAUGUGCGGGACUUGUUCACCAGCGGAGCCGCGUCGUGAUGACUGUCCGCGGGCAGAGCAGCAGCCCGGGAACGCUUGACGCUUCCUGCAUCCAGUAGCUGAUCGCUCCAAAGAGCGCGGCGUGAAGCUGGGGUCUCGGCACAACAACAACAACAAAAUAUUAUACUCCGACACAUUUGGCCGAGGCUUUUUCUUUUCCUUCCAUCUGGGGAUUUGAAACUUGAGGGACUUAAUCCGUCGCGGGCAGAGAACAAAAGGCGGACGGGCGGACGGGCGGACGGACGGACGUCUGUGCGCGCGGUGCAUGUAGUGCCAGGCCGGGUGUCUGUCUGCGGGGCGCACAGCGGGGCGCACAGCGGUGCCGCUGGACCAGCCGAGGACGCACCAGGUCCGUCCCCCGGCGAACAUGAUUCUGCUCGGGACUGUGCUACUUCUUUUCUUCUCAGAUGCGUGGUCAACGUCACUACCCACCUUCCCUUUCUCCUCUCCCACUGACUGUGUUGAAGCUCAUCGGGAGUGCUCUGCGGAUUCCCAAUGUGAGGCAUUGUACCGGGGCCUGGAGCUGUGUGCAGCUGACGCAGCGGUUUCCCCACUAGGGGAGAAGGCGGCAGCUGAGUGCCUUGAGAGACGGGAUGUUCUGCUGGUCAAACAUUCUGCUCUGCUGGCCUGCAAGUGCCAGCGUGGCUUUCGCAAGGAGGAGCAGUGCCUGCGCAUAUACUGGAGGGUUCGCCUGCUGCCAGGGGAGGAUGAGCUGGAAAUAUCUCCCUAUGAUGACACAACAAUGGAUACUCGCAUGGCCUCCUUAGUGGCAGCCUCAUCUUUCAUGCAACUGGAUGGUGAGAACCAGUGUCUGAAGGCAGCACAGGACUGCGGCCUGUACGAGAAGUGUGGCUCCCUGCGAUCAGAGUAUGUCCUGGCCUGCACCAAGCGGGUUCCAGGGUCCAACCGGUGCAACCAGCACAAGUGUCACCGGGCCCUCCGGCGCUUCCUGGAGAGGGUGCCUGAGGAGUACAGCCUGGGUGUCCUUUUCUGCCCCUGCACCAACACCCUGUGUGGUGAGAGGAGGAGGAAGACCAUUGUGCCCUCCUGCUCCUACCAGGAGAUGGAGGGACUACAACCCAACUGCCUCCACCAGCAGAGCUUCUGUCGCCGUGAUGACCUCUGCAGGUCCAGACUGGCUGAUUUCCUUAAUAACUGCCAGCCAUCUACUCUGACAGCCAGCGGCUGUCUGAAAGACUCAGCAGGCCUCUGCCUCCGAGCUUAUGCUGGACUCAUUGGUACUAUGAUGACGCCCAACUACAUCAGUAACAGUUCUGCUGAGGUGUCACUGUGGUGCAACUGUGAAGGCAGCGGUAACCAGUGGCAGGACUGUCUGAGACUGCAACGCAUGUUCACCCACAACACCUGCCUGCGUAACUCUAUCAGUUGGAUGGGGAGUCCAGGCUCCCUGCCUGCUGACAUCACCCCCCCUCCUGCUCCCAGACCCUCCCCGUUGGUACAGGAGGAAGAGCUGCUGAGCAACAACCACCUGCCUGAACACAACAACGUGGUAAUGGAGAGCGAGGAAGAGGAGGAUCUGACACAGAUAGAGGAAGGAGAUGAUGAAGGCGACCGGUUUGAUGUCAUCCCUCUGUACUCGGAGAGGGCCACUGUCUCCAACUUGGGCUCGUCUGGAACUGGAGUGGCUGCAUCCCUCAACACUGGCCCUGCUAGACCAAUACUACUGCUCCUUCUGCUCGUCUCUGCCUCGUUCAGCUGGGGGUAGAGCAUGGGAUACAGAGAACACACGCGCACGCACGCACGCACGCACGCACGCACGCACACACACACACACACGCACACACACACACACACAUAAUGGACCCUCAACAGUCCUGGACUGAUUGCUGUAAAAUGAUAAGAAACAGUGAAGAAAUGGACUUCACCUUUUGUCAGUAGCAUCCCCUUAUUUCUUCACUUCUGUCCUCAUUCUUCUUUCCAUACUACCCUCCUAAGAAAAUGGCACUUUGGUCAUCGUGGUCUGACUGCAGUUGCUGUGGUGCAUUUAUGUCCUGGCAGCACAGGAUACCUAUGGCAGGACUUCCACAUCCCGCUGUCAACCAAUGAGCAUCACAUUCCAGAAAGUCUAACAGAUGACCCAAAAAACGGCUAUGAAUGACUUCACAAGUAAAGUGUGAUUCAUAUAUUAUCGAUACAGAUUCAAAUAGGAAGUUAUUUGUCAUGCGUUUUUUUUUUUUUUGAAAUGAAUAAAGACAGUUUAUCAUUGAUCCAGUUUAUUUUAUUUAAUGGUGAAUCUGAAAAACCUGGGGGAAAAAAUACAUGAAUUUAUUUGAAUCUAUUGUUUGUCCACUUUGUUUUAAAACUGUAGUUUCUGAUCAGUCUGCUCGGCUGAAUCAAUAAUAGAUAUCUCACAAUGACGUGUCAACUGAUAAAAGAUUUGUGUGGUCCCCCUCAAAGAUUCCUCCUUUCUGCUCACAGCAGAAAUAUGACCUUUCAGAUGGAGGACAAGAAGCAUUUAUUCCUCCAAAACUUAAAUGAUAUUAGAAAACAAAUGUUGGUGAUUUAGGCAAAUAGCAGUAGACAAACACAACUACUAUGAUAUUGCCGACGGUAUCUGUAAUUUUAAAUCCGGUUUAUCAAUUAAAUUGCUGCUUUUUAUGUAAAGUCAUACAGUAAAGAUACUUAACAUCACCAACUCUGGUAACUUUGCUAACUAGCCCCUGCAAGUCCGGCCGCUGCACCCAUGUUCAUGCUUCAUACUUCUGCUAACGGAGUGUGGAGCAUGAUGAGUGAGGGUUCACCACGGAGAACUGCUCUGGCUGCUGCAGGCUGGUUGUUCCUGUGCUUGGAUGUGAUCCCUCACUCAUAUAGAAAAGCCCCACAGCUGCAGUCAGACCGUGGUUUUUUUAUUUAUGAAAAUGUUGUAUUUCUUUGUUUAUUUUGACUCACUGAUGGAUGACGAUUUGUCUCCCUGGUUUGGACUUACCUGUUCAUGGGUCAUCGUGACACAGAACAAGAAAGGGAGGCUGAUUUACGAUGCGUCAGUCAAACUUUAUCACGCUGAUGAAUGGAGUGAUUCUCUUGUCCUUUCCGCCGCCCAUACUCUACAGCCAUGGUGACUAACAACUUACACACUUGUCUCUUAUUGCUUAAUGAACAUCAAGUGUGUGAUGUGUGUGUGUGUGUGUGUGUGUGUGUGUGUGUGUUAUUGUGUUUGUGUGUGUGUUUUUGUGCUCGCUGGUACAGAAAGAAAAUUGGGUAAAGCUCUUUGUUAUAAUUUAUGUCUUGCUUUUUUCCCACACACAUCAUCACAGCCACACAUAACAUAUAGACACGCACACACACACACACACACACACACACACACAUACACACACAUUUGCCCCCCUACUGCCUGCCGUGUGUUCAGCCGAUGCAGCUCUUUCUUGCUUUAUUGCUCUAUCCCUGUCCCUCUCUCCCUCCCUGGUGACUCAGGACCGGGGCCCAAGCUGCCACAGGCACCAAUAUGAAUAAAACCAUCUUAAUAAAAACAACACACCAGAAACUAUAUGAGCUCUAAAGUUGCAGAACAAAUCACAUAAGCGGCCCAGUAGGUGGAAAACAUGCGCUAAUUCUGACACCAACAAAGAGACAAAGUGAAACGAGUUAGAGAACAAGUGGGAAGGAGAGAGAUGUUUGGAGGGGAAAAUAAGAAAAAAAUAAAUAAGGCCAAGUCCCUGUGUGGUCUUUGCGUGUUUGAUGUUUUACUUGUUAUAGUUGGAGGGUUCAUAAUCAGUCCCUGACAACAUCUCUUUAUCAUCUGACAGACUCCUUGGGGGGAGGCGUGUGUGUGUUGGGGGUUGGCGGGUUGGGAGAGGUGGGUUUGUUGGGGGGUAUCAGGCAGUGAUAUAAAUGGUGCAAUAUAGAGAGAAGAGAAGGGACCCCGGAGCACAAACCCAGCAGAGAGAUUCGCCGGCUCUUGAUUUUCUGUCUUAUAAAUCUUUUGCUGACACUAAUUUUUAUUUCAUUCCUUUCUAUUUCUGGGGAACAUGUACAAUUAACUUCCAUCUGCAGGGCAGCCAGUGAUAGUGGAGGGCAAGGAGACUGAAGGGACAGAGGGAAGGAAGAGGAGAGAGGGAAGCGAAACUGGGAGGAAAAUUAGAGGAAAGCGAAUGGGGUAAAUGGAAAGGAGAAUUAAAGGCAAAAAAAAUAGGAGUGAGAAAAAGUAAAAGUGUAAGCAAGAAGAGAUGAGGAAAGAACAGAACAUAGAGGAAAGCAUCAAGGCAAGAGGAAAUAAGAUAGGACAAAAUGGACAAGUGAAGAGAGACAUGAGAAGGAUGCAUGGAAAGGGGAAGAAGAACGGAAAAAAUGUGAAAAGGCUGAAAGAGGCAGAAACAAAGAUGCAUAAGUGGAAACAAACAGGAAGAAGGAUAAAAGAAAAAUAAAGAAAAUAGACGGGAUGUGGGGGAGCAGAGACAGACAAAAUGGGGAGCGGAGGCGGACAGGAGAAGGAAGAGUAAAGAGGAAGAAGAGACAGUCUGUUUGUGUUGGCACUGAGGAAACAAACUACAAAAGAAAUGAAGGGAUGAGGAGAGUGAGAGUGGUGACAGGUCUGCAGUGUACUUUAACCUCGCUUUUCUCUCUCCUCAAAGGUUUUUCUGUCUGAACACAGCCCUCAGACAGAACCUCUGUAUCUCUGUCUAUCAGAGAAACAGGGAGCUCUGUCAGCUCACUCAGUUUCAGCGGGGUGAACAGUAAAUACUGAUGUUCUGUGAGUCUGCUAAAGUAUUGACUAAGUCUCAUGAACAGCAGUCAAGCACUGUGAUCUGACACAGGAUACGGACUACAAAUAAAAGAUGCAUUCACUUUAAUGACUGUAAAACAACUACACCAUGAAUCACCAGACAAACACAGGGUAUGGCAGUUAAAGUUAAGGAAACACACCAUUAAAUCAUCUGACUUUCAAAUUCAGCCUCCAAGAAAUUGUUCAAUCUACAUUUUAUAUUCACCUUUAUUCAGCUUAAUGUUAAUAUGAGUGAAUAUGAUAAGUUCCCAACUUGAACUUGAAAAGUAAUGAGAAUAUAUCCAAAGCCGGAGAUCUUUGUGGUCAAAAAAAUAGAUCAGUGAGCUACACACACAGAAACGUCCCGCUAUACCACAAAUGCUAACUAGAGCACAGAUGUGGAAUAAUCAGCCACGGAAACGACACUGCUCCUCCAGUUUGUUAAACUAGUGAACAGUUGUUGUGCAAAAUUACUGAGCCACAAAUAUAUUUUUGAGGUUGUUUUUAAAGAUUUACAUCUUCAUUAUAAGAACCAGUAAAAGGUGGUCCAAAAUGGGUUGUGUCAACUGUGAGACAAGUAAUAGAACACCACCCCUGUCCUUUAACUAGAUAGAAUUCUAGCGGUUCUGUGAGGUAAUUCAACAAUUAUAACAAUUAUACAAUAUGGACGGUAAAAAUUGUGGGUAACUCUAAACACCUACGGUUAUCUACAAGGUCAAUGCAGUCUGUGCAAUAUACAAAAGUUUUAAAUCACCUCAAUUUUUAUAGUGUACAUUGAAAUGUACACUAACAUUUCUGUAUUAUUUUCAAAUUUACAUUAACAUAGAACACACACUUGGAAUAUGAAUCAAUUUUAUAACAGUCUUUAAUUCAUCAAGGAGCUGAACACACUCGGGAUGUUCUUGCUACAAUAGAAAUAUUAAAUAAAAGAUCAUCUCAACACUGUUGCAGAAGUUCCUACAAUUGUGUUGCAGGCUGCUUUGCUUUCACCUUCUGUCCAGUUCAUCCCAAGUAAUCUCCAUGGCGAUUAAGUCCGGAGACUGGGCAGCUCUUCCAUCUGUCUGUCUAUCUGUUCCAACACUGCCUUUGCACAUAUACAGAGGGUUUGUCAGUAAGUUACCGCAGGAAUUGUUUGAAUCAACUUUCAAGGCUUAAUUUAAAAACUUCACUAGUCAGGCAGCUAACCAGUAAACUGAAUGUAGUUUUGCCUCAGUCUCCAUAACCAUGUUGAUUUGAGGGUCUGCUUAGAGAUAUUGAUGAAUCUCGUUACUGAUAUUGGUGCUGCUCUUUGAAGGUCAUACACACUCUGAGAGGAAGCUCUGUUUCAGAUUUAAUGUGGAAUUUCCUAAUGGGACUGGGCACAAUUAUUCUCAAGGAAAUCAUCCCAAUCUGCUCAAACCCAAACAGAUAUUUGUUUAACAACCAAAUAAGCAAUCUUAAUUCUAACUAACAGUGAGCAGGUGAGCUAGCUUGGACUAGCUUGGCCUGGCCUUGACCAAGUCUUGUCAUCUGGCUGGCUGGCUAGCGGUUUGCUCAAUGGCUAAACCAGUUUCUCAACCAUCAAUGUGAGGAGUCACUAUGCCAAUCUUUUAACAUCAUGCUUAUUUUGAGAAUGCGCAAUUGCAUUUUGCUGUGACAUUUUCUUGUUAUAUUGAAAACGAACUCCAAACUAGAACCCUACCGCAUGUGGGCUAUGCGUUAAUGCAUGGUGUUUCAUCAAGGUAGGGACAAUCAUGUUUUAAAUUAUUCUUAUGAUACCUACUGAGCAAACUUUAUAAAGAAAGAAACCUCCUUAUAGCUGUAUAGAGAAGUCAGACUGUCUCUUCCCUAUUACAUGCUAACCAUUACCAUACUGACAGGUUGUCAGGGCUUGCUAACAUCUUGACAUGAUAUACUGAAUAAGUUUUAGGUAGCAAGUGGGAGAGAAUAUGAACAUGAAUGUAAGCACCAAAAAACAAGUAUUUCUAAUUAAUCGCUGGACACAUAGUUACCUUGAGAUUUUGUUAUUUUAUUGAUAUUUGUUGAAACUGGUACCAUCCUGGACAAACCAAGACUCUGUAUAUUUUUGGUGCGACCAGGCCAUAAGACAUUCAAAAAAGUUGGUUUGUGUUUGAAGAAAGUUGUUAGCUUCAGAUUUAAGAUAUCUUCCUGAAAAGUUAAAAUAUGAUAAGUAGAUGGUCACUGACUCAAGAAAUGGGGGAGCACACAAGGAGAUAGAUUAAAGCUCUCUGUCUCAAAUUCAACUCAAUUUGAUUCCUAUAUCACUGAAUAAAAUAAGUGCAUUCAACCAUGAAGAUAUUACCCAGAAGUGCAAGACUCAUCCGAGUACAUGAAAAUUUAUCAAAUAGGCAAAACGGCUUAAAGUGCUCCAGUUUAGAUUUUUGUUUUUUGUUGGUUUGUUUUAAUGAUUCAUGGACUACAGUGCAGUCUGAACAGGUGAGUUUUCAGUCUGCAGCGGAAAGUUUGUAGGGUUUCUGUUGUCCUAAUGUCAAUUGGGAGCUCGUUCCUCUACUUUGGAACCAGGACUGAAAACAGAUGAGAUUUAUUUGAUUCGUGGCCACUGAGCCAUAUUAUAGAGAGAUAUAUUUUUUUUUUUCAUAACUUUAUUGUGUACCAACCAAAUCAUAUAAUUUAUGUAAUGGCUAUGGCAGCCUAUAAAGACAAUGCUUCCCCACCAAAUCCUCCAUGGCUGUACCUUAGAUCUAUUUUUGAAAUUUCUCAAUUGAAGGAUGAUUCAUACCGUUUUAAAUGUUUGCUGUGUUUACCAUGCACCAACUACAUCACGGCCUACAAGAAUUCGCCAUCCAACCUGAAGAAACAUGGGUAGCAUAAGUUACCUACAGUACAGUAUACACUGUGUUGAGAUGAAAAAAAAUGUACUCUGAAUACUUAAGUAUUUUUAAAAGCAAAUACUUCUUUACUUUAAAUAGUAAUAGUAAUAUUUGACCAGGAGUAUCUAUACUUUUACUCAAGUAAUGGAGUUGUAUACUUUGUCCAGCACUGGAAAUGGGGACAGAGAAGAUAGAGGGGCAGAGAGAGUUUUAUUAGUCAAUAAGUUGUGGUCACCCUCCACUAUCAGCUCUGCUAAGCUUGAUGUUUUCUUGAGGGGAGAAACCAAUCAUCGCUCCACACUACAUUUACCGUAUGAUCCACUCCACCUGGGCUGGCUGACUGACUGAUCUACUUGUGGAUGAAUAUCAGUGCCAGUGUCUGUCCUUAUACCAGCUACUGAGCUCCGCAUGUGUAACAUUAAGGAAAUCCUCUUCUACAUUUGAAAAAAGUGAGCCUAUGAUGUAUAGUAAAUUACGUCAAAAGGCAGUGAGAAGUUUCCUCUGACCUCAGAAUUACUCAACCCCCACCCAAUAGUCGGGGUUAAUUGAGAUCAGCAGGGGAGGGCAGGCGAUGGCCCUUUGCCGGGCACCAUUGUUCACUGUAAUUGUUGUCUCAGCUGUUUGUUGUUGGGCCAUCACCCGCUGGCAGGACGACAAGAGAGAUGGACAAAGGCAUAAAGAGAGACAGAAGAGAAAGAGAGAAAGGAGGGAGUGGACACUGGUGAUUUACAUUAAUAUGUACUGAAAUAAACAAGCGGAGAAGCCAUGCGUUAAAUCAACUCAGAGAGAGACAGAGAGAGAGAGAGAGAGAGAGACAGGAAGCCUUCAGGGUGAAAGAGGAAUAGAGAAGGAGGGAAAUGUGUGUGUUUGGAAAGAAGCAUUUUUUUAUUGUUCUAUUACCGUGCAGUAGAUUUACAUGCACACAAGUUCACGCAUGCACACACACUCACACACACCAUGUUAGAUUUAUGCAUCUAAGUGUGUCGCUUUCUCACUCAGUAUUUUAGUAUUCUAAUCCAUCAUUGGCCUGACAUGGGGAUGCUGUCUCUCUCUUUUCUCUCUCUGUCUAUGUCUCUCUCUCCAUGCUACUGCACAUACACGGCAUCCAGACGGAAGAUAAAGACAAAGCAGGGGGAAAAACAAACUCCACAGCAGGGAGAGCUUUAUCCUGAGAGAUAAAGCGGCAGAAUAAAGCAGCGACAAAGCGAUACUGAGGAAGUGUAAAAGAUGAAAAGUGAGGGGGAAAAAAGGGGGAGGAAGGAGCAGAAGCAGCAAAGGAGGAGGAAGGGGUGGAAAUGGAAGUGGGAAAAGCCGGGAAAGACAGAAAAACGAAGGCAGAGGGAAGAGGGGGUGGGGGAAUGGGCAAGAGAGCAAAAGAUAGAGACUGGGAGAUGUGUGAAUGUGUUGCAGUGUGUCGCGGCUGAAGUCCUCCCUGCUGCAUUUCACACUCCGUAGGUCCUGACACAUCGGCACUGAAAGACACGCACGCACACACACACGCACGCACGCACGCACGCACACACACACACACACACACACACACACACAGAGACAUACAAUGGCCAUCCCCCUCUUUUUUUCUAAUUCACACACACAACACACUUGUCCCAUUUCUCAGCCACGGCCGCAGAUUAACAAAGAUCCACAAAAACAGUCACUAAAGUAAAAUUCCUGCAGCUUUUGCCUUUGACUACUCUCUGCUUCUUGGGACCCUGCUUUGAAUCUAUUACAAUGGGUUCAAUAAAUAUUAAAGGAAAUGUAUGAAGUAUUGCAUAAUCUAUAAAUCAGAUAAAUACAUGAAAAUAAGAUUUACAAAUGCGUAAAACAAGCAAGUUUCGACACACACAUACACACACACACAUACACACACACACACACACAAACACUUCCCACUGUGUGCCCAAACUUACUUACAGCUUGUUUUACACAUUAGUAAAUCUUAUUUUUAUGUAUUUAUUUGAUUACUUCAUCAUCAUAUCUCAGUAAAGUUACUUAACAACAAGUCAGAGAGCGCAGGUUUCCAAGCCUGUAUCUUAAGUAAGAUCAGUAGCAAUAUGUAUCUAAAGUUUGCUAACUCUAGUUAUCAAUAACCACCAUACGCUACUAGUCGCAGCAGACUGAGUAAAGCUGUCGUAACAAAACCAUUUGUAUGAGGUUACAAUCUGUUGUAUCUACUCUCACUUAAAACAGAAAACAGAAAGCUAUCUCCAAAAUUGCUUGCUGCCCCUUUACAGUUAGAGUGGAUUUCCAGCGCCUCAAGGCACGAUGAUGCAGGUUUCACUGAAGGCUUCUGUAUUAGGACAUCUGACAUGAAAACAGUGAAAACUCAUGGAGCAGUUGUGUUACUUAUUCUGGAUGUAGACCACAUUCACUCUCUACUUUGUAUAUCAGCUAACAUGACUUAAUCCACACAAUAGCCCAUGAGCACAAUCAAGCACAAAUCUCUCAAAUCCUCUAAGUGAUCUCUUUGAAGGAACAGUCUGUCUAUCACCUGUAAUCACCUCCGAACUUCGUAUUUGUUAAGCUCUUCAAAUGUGUGUAGCAGGGGAAUUAUGCAGUGUUUCCUAAUUUGAAAGUUUGUUGGCACUGUUUUGUAUAAUUUUGCUGAAUUCCCAGACCCAUAUGAGAACAAUCAUUCUGUUGAUUUAGAAAUCAGUUUUGUAACUGUCUCAUUACACACUGACUGUAAUUGUUAUUGUACAAUUAAAUAUGCAGUGAAUGAAUUGUGUGGGACUUCCUGGAGUUUCCUCAAUGACCCUGUAUCGUCUCAUGGACUCCUUGGAUUUCCUUGACCCUUUGAAAACUGCUUUCCUGUGUUGCAUCUGAGAUGAUGUUCAAGAUCAGGUUUUUGUCUUCCGCUGAAUGUUUGUUUUUUUCAGCUGCCACAGAUGCACAAGUUGUCACCCUUGCCGUGCAUUGCCAUGGUUACCCCAGUCUCACGUAGGCUGCUGCACCUGGUGUGAUCCCAAAAGGUAAAUGGAGCGGAAUGAUCUUUUCCAAGCCUGAUUCUUUUCAAUAAACCUGCGAGGAUGCGGCAGCCAUUUUGCCCCCCCUCCACACACACACACACACACUUGACUGACUUACCGACUGAAUCCUCCCCCUUUCUCCUCCUCCACCUCUUAUCUCGGCAGGUGCCUGGCUGACUGGGAGAUCAUCGUCAUGGAGAUUGAGAUGAUGACACACACACACACACACACACAAACACACACACAAACACACACACACACACACACACACAGUCACAGACUCGGAAAUGAGACUGGCUUGCAAGCAGCACAGUCUGAUUCGAUGAAAAGUUGUCUGUCCAAAGGGAAGACAGCCGCACGGAUUGAGCUGUCACCUGAAGGGAACUCUUUCAUACCUCUGUGUGAAAAUGGAUGGGUUUCUCUUUUUCUUUCAUUCUGUCAAAUGUAAAACCUUUCCUUUGGGUAAUUCCAACUAAAUUCUCGGCCUGGGGGACGAGCAGGUGGAUAUAUAUGUACUCCAUUUGAAGAACAUUGACCGAGGCUGAAAACACUCCUGUCACUCCCCAGUUUCCUCUCCCUGCUUGCUGUCUAAAGCAUGUCAGUAUACAGUGCCAGAGUGAGGGAGGCACAUUAACACAGGGCUUCCCCCGCUCCAAUUUACUGUGUCAUCCAUCCAAUGCUCCUUUGGUCCAGUGCUUUCUGCCUGUUGGACUGUUGGUGAAACUAAAAGGCACAUGAACUCCAGACAGUACUUCCCGCACAUGAAUAAAAAAAGAAAUAGAGGGAAACAACGACUCCAGUCAAUAGAGAUUGGUGGUUUUAAACUGUGGUAGUGGAAAAACUAUGUAUCUCCAGGGGGCAUGAAAUAUCUCUGAUUCUGAUAAUUUGUUGAAAUGUUGCCCUGCUGAAUGUGGGGACAUGAAACCCUCCGGGCCUCUGCUGUGUUCACAUGUGAAUAAUAAAAUAAAUGUACAAGCUGACACUUCUUUA